AUGAAGGAACUUGUUGUCCAAGUGCCGAACUUUGCGCUGAUUAUUUUGACCCUGUCUGUGAUCAGAAAUUUUUACGCAAAUGAUUGUAUUUUCGACUUUCACAAAUGUGCACAACGUAGGAGCGGUGGACCUUUAAUAAUUAUUGAAGGGAGAGGGGAACAGGCAUGCGCAAAUGCUAUUGCAGCUGCUGCUGCAAGACAACAAACAAAAAAUAAUAAAAAGAAUAAUAAUUUAAAUAAUAAUAUUAAAAGAAAUAAUAAUGAAGAACAAGUUGUUAAUAAUGGAAGAUUAUUAAUAUCAAAACCACCCCCAUGCCAUUUCUUUUGUGAUGAAACUAUUGCCCCUGUUUGUGACAGUCAGUCUAGAACGCAUAAAAAUCGGUGCAAGUUUGAAUUAACUGCGUGUAGAAUUAAUUCACGUGGAAUCAUCUCAGCGCUUCAUAUUGUAAAAGAAGGUCCUUGUCGGAUAGAAGAAAAUAAUUUUAAAAAAUUUCCACGUGCCAAUAGUGUUAGACGCCUGGCGCCACCUCACAAUUAUUUUAACAACAUCAACAAUGUAGAUUCUAAUAAUCAGAGAAUUACAAAUUCAAAAAGAAAACUUUCAUCGUCUUUCGAAUCAUUCAAUGUUGAAAAGAAUGAUGGAAUUCAAAAAAUUUCACCACAGUGGAUAACUGGGCCCGCUGCAUCACCAUUUAAUCAACACCAACUGGAUUUCCCUCCAAAACAAAUGUUUAACGAUCAAGUUCAGAAGCAUCAACCACAACAACAAGGACAUCAACAGUGUGAUAUGUGUAGAGAUGAAGGGCCUUUUGAUCAAAUAGUUCCUGUAUGUGACAAUACAAAUAGGACACAUAAAAGUGUUUGCUUAUUUGCUCAAUGGAAUUGUGAAAGAAGACUACGUGGGGAAGAAGAGAAUGUAUUCGUCCACGUGGGGGAAUGCAAUCAAGAAGAAGACUGCCCAAGUAAAUGUAGUCAUCAACUCAAGCCUGUCUGUGAUUCUAACGGAAUUACACAUCCAAACCUUUGCGCUUACAAACUUUAUCGUUGCCUUCAAAGAAAAAGUGGUAUCAAAUCUACAGGUUGGCUGGUGUCGUUACGCGAGUGUGCAACAACAACCUCAACCUCCUCACAUGAUCACAAUGUUUCCAACAAUAAAAACACUUUAAUUCCUUCACAACAUUCAAAACAACAAUUAAAAUUAAUUGAAUGCCCUGAUGAGCCAAACUGUGAGGAUGAAGUGGAAGAAAAUAAAAUUCAACAAAUUUGUGAUAGUGAUGGAAAAGUCCAUAAGAGUACUUGCCUUUUUGCACAUGCACAUUGUUUAGCAGCUAAAACAGGAAAAGCUUUACGCAUUAUUGAAUGUCCUCCUCAACUACAAAAUGUUUCUACAACAAUUUCCAUACCUACAAUUCCAACAUCAACAUCUAGCCAACAAAAACAAAUUUCAACAAAAUUAGUUCCUCCUAAAAUAUCAGCCAAUUUUGCUUCUAUGCCUCCACAACUAACAACUACAACAUUAAAAACAUUAAUAAAUACUCAAGAAGAAAAACAAAAGAUAUUAGAUUGUGAACGUAGAUGGCAUGAUUGUGGAGAGUCCCCAAAAGAUGCUUAUUGUGGAUCUGAUUUGAUAACAUAUAGGAAUUUUUGUGCUAUUCAGAAAGCUUCUUGUCUGGACAACCAAAUAGAAGUACUCUUCAAAGGAGAAUGUGAAAGGUGUCUAUCAAAUCCUUGCCUGGCUAAACGUAAUACUGCUGAAGAAGACAAUAAUGAUUCUUUUUAUGUUUGUGAUCAAGGAGGGGAGACUAAGAGUAAAUGUGAAUUUGAAGUUUUGCGUUGUAUUUAUGAAAUUAAAUUUGGCUACAAUAUUACUGCUGCUUAUCAAGGAAAGUGUUGCCCUAGUAUCGAGUCAUGUACAGGUGGGCCAGAGACACAACCCAUCUGUGAUACGAACAAUUUUCGUCAUUCUAAUUGGUGCAGCUUUGAGGUGGCAAAAUGUCGUUCAAUCAAAAUUCAUCACAAACCGUUGGAAGAACGUGAAUGUAAUAUUAACAACACUGAAAGACGGAAGGAGAAUAUCGAGGAAAGAGAAGAGGUGUUUCGUCGUUUAUGA